ACGUACCGCAUAUUGAACUAUUUCUAAAUGAUUCCCCCAUCGUUUAAAACACUGGACUCUGUAUCUGGUGGAAAGAAGUCAGAGAAGGGUCUUUAUGAAAAUCCAUCAGUUUUAUUGUUGUUACGAUAAAUAAACCGCCGUAUUAAGCGAAUGAUAGUCUCAGCUUAUCCCCGUUCACUUCGCAUUUAUUGCUCUAAUAUAGCUAGCGAAUGGAAUGUUGAGCUUCACCAAGAAAACAAUUAGUCAUGAAUUACUAAAAUUUCACAUAAACAUUAUUUUUAAAUAGUAUUAUCAAAUUUAUUUCAUUGAUCGAUUGUUGAAUUGUAGAGGACGAUGAGAAAAUAUCAUGUCCAACAUUCGGAUAGUAUCAAAUAAUACACCGGGUACAUGUGUCGAUUGUAGUCCAUGUGCAUACGAUGAAGAGAGUAAUCAAGUUUGUGAAACAUGCUCCCGAAUUUGCAGUGGAACGUUAAAAAUACGAUUAUCCAAAGUAUGGGAUACUGAGCUGCUGUCAGUACUUCUUGAUGAUAUGGAUAAUAUCUCAGAAUCAUCAACCGAAAGUCUACAGCGUCGAACUAAAAUACGAGAUAUCUUCUCAGAAUGGCUGUUCAAUCAUGACAUGAUAGAAUGCACUGAUGAGACUGAAUUUGUAUUUGAGGAAAAUAACGACGAAAUUGAUUCUGCAUAUCACACAGCAGAGAGCAAUCCAACAAGUCACGGCAAAUUUUCUCCUAAUUUUCCUAAAGAAGAUUUAAAGCAACAGAUUGAUUCCUUCAAUGGAAAUUCUUACGGUCUGUCUAUGAGUAUAGAUGAAAAUGGUCAUGGGUAUAAUGGUCAGAUACGUAUUCAUCUGAAUCUUUAUCGUCCAGUGAAAAUGGCUGUUCAAUGUCAAGACGCGAUUCUUAAUAAUCCAGAGAGUGAAGAUGACGAACCUAACAUGUGCACAGUCAAAACCUCCGCCUUUCAGAUUCCUCAAAAUAGCAGUCAGGUUAUUCAUAUCGCUAAUACCACCAACACUAAUGAGGCUGUAAGAAAAUUUUUAGAAAAAUUCAGCAUUAUUGAUAAUCCAUGUAAAUUUUCUUUAUAUGAAAGUGUUGACAAAGGAGAAGGCCAUGCAUCUAUAAGACGAGUUUUGGAUGAUGAAUAUCCUCUUUCAAUAUGUUUGGGUUGGUCGGCUCAAGGGUUAAACACUAGAAGUUUCGUACUGAGAGAAAAUGAUUCUAAUGAAAUUCAAUGGGAUGCUUUCUCCAUACCAGAGCUACAGGCUUUCUUAAAAAUUCUACAACGAGAAGAAGAUGAACUACAAGAGCGAAUUAAACGAAAAUAUGCAACAAGACGUGAAACUUUGAGACAACACAUUGGUAAUAUUAAACAGCAACAAUUUGCAAAUGACAAAAGAACGCCCGUUUUUGUAUAG